AUGUCGGGAGUCGCCAGGUUGAGCGUCCUGACAUUGCUGCCUCCACCGAACCGAGAGGAGUUCUGGAUCCCAUGCACAUCGCUACAAGCGCAAGACCAGAUCUCCUUCACUGUGCCAUGCCUGUGCCAUGUCGGCAUGUCGGGAGUCGCCAGGUUGAGCGUCCUGACAUUGCUGCCUCCACCGAACCGAGAGGAGUUCUGGAUCCCAUGCACAUCGCUACAAGCGCAAGACCAGAUCUCCUUCACUGUGCCAUGCCUGUGCCAUGUCGGCAUGUCGGGAGUCGCCAGGUUGAGCGUCCUGACAUUGCUGCCUCCACCGAACCGAGAGGAGUUCUGGAUCCCAUGCACAUCGCUACAAGCUGGAGCAAGACCAGAUCUCCUUCACUGUGACU